GAUACUUAAGGUAGUAUCAAGGAAAACGAGAGGCUAUCUUCAGAUCUGUGCAGACGAUGCAUGAAGAGAGAGAAGACUAAGGGUACUGGCAUAAUACCAUAAGUUUGUACAGACGCAUCUCCAGAAAGAACUAUAUCAACACAUUUUACUGGAUAAGAGAAGGUUGCAACAAGUAAUUGUUUUUUUAGAUGAUCAUUUAUCUAGACUAACUAGAUAACGAGAAGACAGAAAGGUCGUGAGGAGCUGGGAAAGCAGUCAAAUCAAAGGGAAUACAGGAUAUUGUCUUUGUUUGGAGAGAGACAAAAAAACAAGUGAUGUCGCAGCUUCUGUGCCAUCUGCUUUUACUGUGUCUGGUACCAUCUGUGGUUCCUCUGUUUUGCUUCACCUGUGUCUUCCCUGCCAUCUCCCCACUGGACUGUAUCAAGUUCCCUCAGAAGUGUCCUCCAGGUCAGCUAUGUCUGUCCAGCAAAGCUGUGGGGAAGCGCGGAGAGUUCAGUGUGACGCUCUACGAGAAGAGCUGUGUCCUCUCCGCCCUGUGUGGCCUGACUGGUGAGAAGUACGCAAUGGGCCUCAACUUCACCUUUACCAAUGAAUGCUGUUCUACCCACCUGUGUAAUGGAGCUGCAGCCCCCUCUGCCCUCUACUGGACUGGCUCUGCUCUCUCUCUCCUCUCAUUCACUCUCUCACUGUGAUUUACCCACCUUUAAAGAUAAUGCUACUGUUGCUAAAUUCAUAAGGAAAACAUGACCACAUUCAGAUGCCUAGCGUUGGUCGAAACCUUUCAGAUAUAAAUGUGAUGAACAUGAUUCCUUGUUGUAAUUGUUGGAGGCAUGUUUGUUAUAAUGUACAUACCAUAUUUCUAUCUGUUCGUUCCAAAACGUUGUAUUCUGCUGAACGUGGCCCAGGUGUUUAACACAGUAAAUGUGUGCUUUCUGUACAUGAAAUAUGGACAGAGGAGAUCAUUUCCAUUGAACUGACCAUUUUCUAGAGAUGAGCAAAGCACGCACAUGGUUUUGCUCAAGUAAUGUAAAAUAAUGUGCCUAACACUUUAUUUUACAUAUAGGCAUAGAA